GAGUGAGGGAAAGUGGGUGUCGCUCUUGUGGCCGUGUAGAGUAAUUAUACGAGACAGGGGAAGCGUUUUCUGACUGCUGGCUACACCGAGGACUCAACAACAAGGUUUGCGGAUUGUUGGGCUGUAAUAGGAGUCCCGUGGACGAAUUUGAGCUGGUUUGUGGACAGGUCGGAACAAGACUACCGCACGAGUGCAAUGUGGAUACAAUGUAUCCAAACGCGUAGCGUUAUGUAUCGAUACUUUUUACAGUGUGUAUGAAUUUGAACUCUUACGCGGACCUGGAGCAUGUUUUUACAAUGCAUCUGAUCGUAAGUGGACCCAGACUUCUCUACACAUAGUAUGAUUAUCUGUAUGUGGAGAGACGAAAGGGCAAAGCCCCAAAGAAACAGCAAGGACUAAUUUGUCGUCGUUGUUGUCGUUUGAGAAAUGAUUACAAAUGCACGACACGGAAAGUAACAUGAUUGAAAGGACCAGUAAAUUUCUGCUGAUCGUCGUGGGAUCGGUGUUUUUCAUGCUGAUAAUGUAUCAGUACGUGGCGCCCGGGGUGAUAAACUUCGGCUCCCCGCAUGGAUACCUUCUCGGUGAAGAGGACAUGACCAUUUUCCCCUCUCCGGAUCCCCAUUAUGUGAAAAAGUACUACUUUCCUAUUAAAGAUCUUCAACGCAACAUAGAGUUCGAGAUAAAGGGAGAAGAUGUGAUCGUUUUCCUCCACAUCCAGAAGACCGGCGGGACCACAUUCGGAAGGCAUCUGGUCCAAAACGUUCGUUUGGAGCUUCCGUGCGAUUGCAGACCCGGACAGAAGAAGUGUACAUGCUACCGUCCGAACCGUAAGGAGACCUGGCUGUUCUCCCGUUUCUCGACCGGCUGGAGUUGCGGGUUACACGCUGACUGGACCGAGCUCACCAAUUGUGUACCGGGAGUUCUCAACAAAAAAGAGAGCAAGUCUAAAAAUUCGAGAAAAUUUUACUACAUCACUUUGCUGAGAGACCCCGUAUCUCGAUACCUCAGCGAGUGGAGGCACGUCCAGCGCGGGGCAACGUGGAAGACCUCCCUGCACAUGUGCGACGGGCGAACACCCACUCCCCAAGAGUUGCCUCCCUGCUACGAGGGCACGGACUGGUCGGGCUGCACCCUGGAGCAGUUCAUGGACUGUCCCUACAACCUGGCCAACAACCGGCAAGUCCGCAUGCUGGCUGACCUCAGCCUGGUUGGCUGCUACAACCUCUCCACGGUACCCGAUAAGAGACGCUCGCAGCUCCUCCUAGAGUCGGCCAAGAAAAACCUCCGCGACAUGGCUUUCUACGGCCUGACGGAGUUCCAGCGCAAGACGCAGUACCUUUUCGAACGCACCUUCAACCUUAAGUUCAUCCGACCUUUUCUGCAAUACAACAGCACGCGGGCGGCCGGCGUAGACUUGGAUAAUGGAACGAUACAGCGUAUAGAGGAGUUAAACGACCUGGAUAUGAAGCUGUACGAUUAUGCCAAAGACCUGUUUCAGCAGAGAUACCAGUACAAACACAUGCUGGACCGACGAGAGCAGAGACUUCUUCUGAGAGGGCAGGGGGCGUUCCACAGCCCCUUCCGAGAGGAUGGCACCGGGGGAGAGGGCACGGCACGGCUACCCACCGAGGACUACGUGAACCACAUCGUCAAUGGGUGGUAACCGUACACCUGUCUCCAGAAGAGAAACAGGAGGGAAUAAACAGGCCCCGAUGGAUUUUUCAAAAGUUAAAACCAUAAAUAUCCAACACGAGCUGUUGUAUAGGACCAGCGAAUGUUCUGUUUGGGCGUAAAUGAGUCUGCAAGCAUCUCAAACUUUUUUUUUAAUCAAAAAGCUCUGAUUUAAUAAGACAUAAUGACAUACACAAAUAUUGGUGAUGAAUAGACUUUUCAGGAAAAUAAAAUAAUUGUUUUGUUUUUAUAUAUAUAUAUAAAUAUAAAUAUGUAUAAAUCUUAGAUUGCCUUUUUAAAUCUUGUGUUAAGUGCAGCCGGUUACAAGUGGUUGAAACUACUAACAGCUGUUGUAACCAAGUAUGAUUUUAUACAGUAGAUAUAAAUAUAUAACACAUUUGUUCUCCCCUUUUCAAUUAUUGUUUUGUUUAGUGUGUCAAAAAAGAUUUUCACAUGCCCUGGAUGCACAGGUGGUGUUUGGGGGCAGGGGGGCACUGCCCCCCAAGACCAGAGCCAGUUAUGAUUUUGAAUGAGCUAUGAAUAAAAUUUCUCAUUUUAUCUGUAUUAUCUUGUUUUAGUCUGUAGACUGGGUAACUCAUUUAAAGCCCUGCUCUCUCUCUAAUCUCAAAGUAUUGCAGUACCCUGGUCUGCCUGUAGGUGCCCCCUAGCACAACCGUGAAACUUCGCUUAUCCCUGGAGAUUAUGUUGAAGAUAAAUCCAUUCCUUUUAGUUAAUUAUUGUAUUCCUGCAUCAUUUCUGGUCACCCUAAAAAUGAUUAUCAUGUAAUUGUAUUGUUAUUCCUAUUAUUAUUAUUAUUAUUAUUAUUUGGUUUGUUGUUUGCUUUAUAAGCAUGUGCUGAUUUCUACAGUGUGUACUGUACGUGUUUGUUUUGCACAUUUGCAUUUGUUGUGACUGGAAUCGUUUUUACCCAUGAUGCAUCAUGCAGUACACAUUUGCAUUGUGAGUCACAUACCCAAAAUGAACAAAACCAUUUAGCAGUUAUCUUGUUUGAUCACACGCUGAUCAAGAUUUCACAUAAUUUGCCUUGGUCGUGGAUUUUGCCAGCAUGUAGAAUGUGUUAAUUGAACUUGCACUGAGCAUGUUGGGGCCUGACGUCUCUCACAGAUUGUUCUCGUUCAGCUCCGUGUUUGUUAUCGAUGUCUACAGAGGCUCUUUAACUCGCAUCACGCACUUCAGCUGUAAUUUGAAACGAACAGACUGCUAUUGAAGCCAUGUUAAGAGCCAUCUGAAAAAAAUGUGUGUGUGAAAAAUGGAUGAUGUGAUCUGUCAGUAUAUCAUUUGGUAAUAUGAAAAAUAUUCUGUUUUAAUUAGAAGAAUGGAGAAGAAACAUGACCAUUUAUUGUUAAAAGAGUAUGUGUGUAUGUAUAUGUGGGUGAGUGUGUGUGUGUGCGUGCGUGUGGGUGUUAAUUUAAGGUGUCUAAAGUUUGAUUUCCAACAAUGUUUAUUACUGUGAGUGUUUAUUUCAAUUAUGACCCCUGGAUCUUAAAAUUACCAAUAAAAAGAUAUUUCCCAUUUCUAA